AAACAACGCCCCCUAUAUAGACCAAUCACAAACCGCCUCCAUUAUUAAGAAACAAUGGCUAAUAAUUCCCACUGUUUCCACCAUUGUUACGUCAUAGUAACGUUUAUUCCAUCAAUAUAACCCAGCAACACAUCUGUUAUCUCACAAUGAGCUUCCUCUGUGACGAAACAAUGGAUUCGAGACGAUUAUGACGAAACAAUGGACGAAAGGUCGUCACGUGAUCGCUGCAAUCGCUCUGCAAGCUAUUAUGAUGCAAUACAAAUAUUAUUUAUUACGUCACAGUAGCUCCUAUUGUUAAUAUUUGACACCCAAUUAAUUAUUAAUUAUGACGAAAUAAUAAAAGUCGAUAAAUCUCGAAAUCUUCACUUUGUUCAGUUUUCAGCAGACUCAACAUGAAGUAUUUAUUGCUGGCAACACUGCUGGUUUUGUAUCUGGCAGCACUGGCGGAAACAUCUGUCGUGGACCGGAAGUUACGCGUGCAGCAAUUCGAGAAGGAUAGUGACGUCACAGAGGAUUAUGAAUUAAAGAGGAAAGUUGGUCUAUUGUUCCUUCGCAAAAUACUUGGUCAAGGCGACAUCUUGCGGCCGGAGAAGGAGAAGGAACUCGACCGCUUGGUGGAGCAGUCGGGUAUGACGUGUACAUUGUGUAAGGCUGGUGUUGACGUCAUACAAAAGCUGUUGCAUAGCAACGGGGGUGAAGACGUCAUCACUGCUAUUGCUGUGGAAGUAUGCGAGUUGGGUAAUAUCGAAGACCGACGAGUUUGCAAGUUAGCUGUGGAGGAAUUCAAGCAAGAAGUUUUCUAUGUUUUGUUUAAUCUUCAACCAGAUGAGCUCUGCUAUUGGUUGUUGAAAAAUCAAUGUCGAAAGCCCGCCGAUUUCCUCCCCAACUGGGUAGUGACAUCAUCAACGACCCCCCAGCCCCCGUAUAAACCUCGUACGAACCCCGCUAGCGGAACCCCCACCUUAAAGUUCUUGUUCUUCACUGAUAUGCACAUGGACGUACGAUACGCACCCGGGAGGACGGCUAAGUGUCGCGAACCUUUGUGUUGUCGUGACAACGAUGCACUUCCUGAUCAAGAAAGCGACGCAGCUGGUAUGUGGGGCGAUUAUAGGCAUUGUGACAUGCCACAAAACACAGUGGAGAGUAUGAUGUCACAAGUGGCGAACAAUGAUGGUAUUGACUUCAUUAUAUUCACAGGUGAUAUUCCAGCACAUAAUGUUUGGAAUCAAACGAAAGAAGAUCAAAUCGAUAAAUUACAACGAUGGACCGAUUUAUUGAAAAAACAUUUCCCAACUACCCCAGUGUAUGCUGCGGUUGGCAACCACGAGAGCGCCCCCGUCAACUCGUACCCUCCCCACUCGAUAUUCGAUCAACCCGGUGCUGACACCCAGUGGUUGCUCGAUACAUUAUACGACUCAUGGUCGAACUGGAUCCCCGAGGAAGACAUGGGGUUUGUUAAACAGGGGGCUUUCUACACGACCCUCAUUCGACCGGGGUUACGGGUGGUUUCCCUCAACACCAAUUAUUGUAGCGAUGAUUCAUGGUGGUUGUUGGUUGGUACGAACGCUGUUGACCCUGAAGGACAACUUAAGUGGUUCGCCGGUGUAAUGCAAGCGGCGGAGGACAACGACGAGAACGUGUUAAUAAUUUCUCAUCGACCGACCGACGGGUGCAUGAAGCCGUGGAGCGAUAACUAUUAUGAAAUCAUCAAUCGAUACCAGAACACCAUUAUUGCGCAAUUGUUCGGACACGCACACACGGAUGAAAUGAUGUAAUAUAAUGACAUCACACAAGAGGAUCGGGUAAGCGCGAUUGGCUUGAUCGGACCGGGGUUCACGACUUACUCAAAUCUUAACUCUGGGUAUCGUAUUUAUACGAUGGAGGGUGAAUAUGAGGGGUCGAGGUAUUCGUUGUUGGACGGGGAAAGUUAUUAUCUUAACAUAACAGACGCCAACAUGAGAGGUGAAGCGACGUGGCAACGCGAAUAUUCCUUUGUUGAUGAUUAUGAUGUCAUUAAUCUAACCCCACCAGAGUUAAAAAAAUUGGUUGAUAGAUUUGAUUCCGAUGAACAAUUGUUUCAAUCAUAUCACAAUCACAUUACUAAGAUGGAAGAUUUAUCCGAUUGUGACGUCACAUGCAAACAAUCAACCCUUUGUGACAUCAAAACAUUUCGUGCUGAUGACAACAGUUUCUGUUAACCAAUCAGAAGCCAGAUAAUUCCCGCCAAAACCAAGAGUGCAAUAUUUUGUUUAUUUUGAUUUUAUAUUUACGUAACUAUGCAUAUUUGUGAUGUUUCCGUAAACUAUGAUUCUCGUGACGUAAUACAUGACGUAAUUAAGAAU